AGUGACCACAGUUCAAGGUUCACCUUCACCGGCCUCAUAGUCGUAUCCUUUCCGGGAGACUUCCUCCGUCGCCAGCAACGUGCCUUUAGAGAGUGUGAAUGAGUGCGAAGCAUGCGAAUGUGUGUUAUGUUAGUUGACAGCGGAAUGCCUGUCAGGCGCACCAGGCCUGUUCUGCAACAAAAAGACAAUCGCGCAUCCGAUUCACCGCCCUCUCAUCAUCUUCAUCCAUGCAGGGUGUUUUCUUCUUCAACAUUGUGCAAUGGACGCCCAUCAAGUACCUCGGCUACUCGUACCCGCUGUGGGCCCACGCGUUCGGCUGGUUCACCGCCCUGUCGUCGAUGCUGUGCAUUCCCGGCUACAUGAUUUGGCUGUGGAGAAACACACCCGGAGACCGUGCCAAUAAAAUCCGGCUGAUCGUUCGAAUCGAGGACAGCGUCAGCCAGCUCCGGGAGAGAAUGCGUGCCGACGCCGAGAAGGGCAUGGAGCUGUAGCUGGUGGCGGAAGAAAAACGCACCGCAACUAGUAGGCACCACUUCCACGGCGUUUGAACGACGCAUCUGCCAGACGACGAGAAGAGGAAAGGACAGCAACCAGCACACCAAGCACCUUCGCUUUUCGGAAUGUCGCAUAACCUAUCGCCUAUAACCGUCUCAUUUAAGACAGAAACACUAUCAUUCGCAUGCAGACAAACAGGAAACGAAAUCUUCCUACCACUCUUCGCUAACCCUAAUCUAUACGAUUUUUUUAUCUACACUGUAAUUUGAUUUCUAAAUAUUAUUAUAUAGAUAACAUAAAAUAUAGAUUCGCAAACCCAGCGUUAUGCACGAGCAGCAUAUGCGCUGAAAGGUAAUUUUACUAGAAACAUCUACUGAGAUGUAAGAAUAUGGUGUAUCGUAUGUCAAAUACUGUAGCUAGGCUAGAUCAUUACCGACAAUCCCAUACAUAAAAUCAUAAUACACAGAUAGAUUGAUCAGGAAGACAGACAGAACAACGCAACACUCCACAAUAACCAUAGGGCUCAAAACAGAACUCACUUUCGCAGAUUGCUGAAAGAGAAGAAUAAAAUUAGUUCAAAUGACUACCGAAGUCGAAUAGAUGAACAAUGAAAUAUAAUACAUACUACAUACACCCUCCAGCUUAGAUUUUCCAGCUCACCGCUAGGCCCGGUCAGACAUACAUUGCACAAGAAUGACGGCGAAUCUGCAUAAAACUCGAACCUUGUUCAUUUCAACUGAAAAGAGAUUUUGUUAAACUGCAAUUUUCAACCCUCUCCUUUGAAUAAAAAAAAGUAAU